AGUAUGACAGAAGUGAUUUGCAGAUUUAGGUUUACCAAUUCCAUUUUUUCAGUGAAGUUUAUAACGCUAUAUAAUCAAAAAUAUUUCACGAAAAUACCUAAAUCAUUAGUAUUUUUUAGUAAAAACGAACAUAUACGUGGUAAAUUUUCUGUCUGAAGUAAUUGAGUAACAAAUAACCACGAUGACGCUGACGUCCGCUGCUGGUAUCAUCUCUCUGCUAGAUGAGCCCAUGCCCGAUUUGAAGGUAUUUGCUCUGAAAAAACUCGAUAACAUCGUAGACGAGUUUUGGCCAGAGAUCUCGGAAUCUAUCGAGAAAAUUGAAAUGUUGCAUGAGGAUCGAUCAUUUCCUGAAAACAAAUUGGCUGGCAUGGUUGCGUCGAAAGUAUUCUAUCAUUUGGGUUCAUUUGAAGACGCACUAACUUAUGCCCUAGGUGCCGGGGAUUUGUUCGACGUAAAUGCACGCAACGAAUACACUGAAACUAUUAUAGCCAAGUGUAUCGACUUUUACAUUGCACAACGUAUUGCUUUCAUUGAAAAUCCGAAGGAGGCCAAGACUGUUGACACACGUCUCGAAGCGAUUGUCAACCGCAUGAUUCAGCGUUGCUUGGAUGACGGUCAAUAUCGCCAAGCAUUAGGAAUCGCUUUGGAAACCCGUCGCAUGGAUAUUUUUGAGCAGUCCAUUAUGAAAUCGGAUGAUGUUAGUGGCAUGUUGGCUUAUGCCUACAAUGUGACAAUGUCGUUAAUUCAGAAUCGCGGCUUCCGUAAUGAAGUAUUACGCUGCUUAGUGGGCCUAUAUCGCGACUUAGGCAUACCAGACUACGUAAAUAUGUGCCAAUGUUUAAUAUUUUUGGAAGACCCACUUGCAGUGGCAGAAGUCCUCGAUAAACUAACUCGAUCCUCAGUUGAAGGCAAUAAUUUAAUGGCAUACCAGAUUGCUUUCGACUUGUAUGAAUCGGCAACUCAAGAAUUUUUGGGUAAAGUACUUCAGGCACUUAAGGAAACAGCACCAAUUCCCACAGCAUUACCGUCAACUUUUAAGCCUCAGGGCACAAAUGCCGCUGGCAGCGAUGAUGCAUCGAAGUCAUCUAACGAUGAGAAGCCUAAGUCGACAGAAGAUUCUGCCGGAGAUGCCGAAGGCGAUGCUAAGAUUGAGAGGACAAUUGACUCCCUGAACGACUCCGAAAAGGCCCACCAAAAAAAUAUUGAGAAGCUUAUUUCUAUUUUGUCUGGCGAAGUAACCAUUGACCUUCAGCUGCAGUUCUUAAUUCGCAGUAAUCAUGCUGAUCUUCAAAUCCUUCGAGGCACAAAAGAAGCUGUGCGAGUAUCAAUUUGCCACACUGCUACGGUAAUCGCCAAUGCUUUUAUGCAUGCUGGCACAACCUCCGAUCAAUUUUUACGCGAUAACUUAGAUUGGCUGGCGCGUGCCACAAAUUGGGCAAAAUUAACAGCCACUGCAUCUUUGGGUGUCAUCCACCGUGGACACGAAAAGGAUUCUUUGGGUCUUAUGCAAAGCUACUUGCCAAAGGAGACUGGACCCAGCUCCGGUUAUUCUGAGGGUGGUGGCCUGUAUGCUUUGGGUAUGAUUCAUGCCAAUCAUGGUGCAAACAUAAUCGACUACCUUCUACAGCAAUUAAAAGAUGCUCAAAAUGAAAAUGUUCGUCAUGGAGGCUGUUUGGGGUUAGGUCUUGCAGCAAUGGGCACUCAUCGUCAAGAUUUGUAUGAGCAGCUUAAAUUCAAUUUGUACCAAGAUGAUGCUGUUACCGGUGAGGCCGCUGGUAUAGCGAUGGGUAUGGUAAUGCUGGGCUCUAAAAAUGCCCAAGCAAUCGAGGACAUGGUUUCGUAUGCCCAAGAAACACAGCAUGAGAAAAUCUUAAGGGGGUUAUCAGUUGGUAUUUCAUUAACCAUGUUUGCACGCCUAGAAGAGGCGGAUCCAUUGGUUACCAGUUUGUCCACUGACAAAGACCCCGUACUUCGACGUUCUGGCAUGUACACUAUAGCAAUGGCUUACAAUGGCACUGGAAGCAAUAAAGCUAUUCGCCGCCUAUUACACGUCGCAGUUUCUGAUGUAAAUGAUGAUGUACGACGAGCUGCGGUAACUGCUAUUGGUUUCAUCCUCUUCCGUACACCUGAGCAAUGCCCCUCUGUUGUAAGUUUACUAGCGGAGUCUUACAACCCACACGUUCGAUACGGUGCUGCUAUGGCUUUGGGCAUUGCUUGUGCUGGUACCGGUCUGCGCGAAGCAAUUGGCCUCUUGGAACCUAUGGUUAAAUUUGAUCCAGUAAAUUUUGUACGUCAGGGCGCUCUCAUCGCUUCUGCUAUGAUUCUGAUUCAACACACUGACCAGACUUGUCCGAAAAACACCUUCUUCCGUCAGCUUUAUGCCGAAGUAAUCAGCAACAAGCAUGAAGAUGUCAUGGCCAAAUUUGGUGCCAUCCUCGCUCAGGGCAUUAUUGAUGGAGGCGGUCGCAAUGCUACACUUUCAUUGCAAUCGCGCACUGGACAUACUAAUUUGCAAGCUGUGGUAGGAAUGCUGGUAUUCACUCAGUACUGGUAUUGGUUCCCAUUAGCACAUUCACUCGCGUUGGCAUUUACUCCAACCUGUGUUAUUGGCUUGAACUCGGAUCUUAAAAUGCCUAAGAUGGAGUUCAAAUCUGCGGCAAAACCAUCUCUGUAUGCCUACCCGGCGCCCUUGGAAGAAAAGAAAUCAGAGGAGCGUGAAAAAGUGGCUACAGCUGUGCUCUCUAUAGCUGCGCGCCAAAGACGUCGAGAAAUUGCUGAUAAGAAGGAGGAAGAUAAUAAAAUGGAUGUGGACGAGGAUAGCAAGGAAUCAAAGAAGGACGAUAAAAAAAUGGAUGUUGAUGAAAAGAUCGAGAAAAAAGACGAAAAGAAAAAGAAAGAUGAGAAAGAAAAGAAGAAGGAGGAAGACAAGGAGACAGUCGAUAAAAAGAAAGAAGAAAAAGAAAAGGAAAAAGAGAAAGAAAAGAAGGACAAAAAAGAACCUGAACCCAAUUUCGAAAUCCUACAGAAUCCCGCUCGUGUCGUGCGCCAACAACUUAAAGUUGUUAGCGUUGCUGAAGCUCAGGCUUAUAUACCCCUCAAGGACGUGACAAUUGGUGGUAUUAUUGUACUGCAACAUACAGGCAAAUCUGCUGAGCAAGAGUUGGUUGAACCAGUUGCAGCUUAUGGCCCAAAGAACGAAGACGCUAAGGAACCCGAGCCUCCAGAGCCAUUCGAAUACAUAGAAGACUAAAUGGGAAUGCUUUUUAUCAUUUUGUAAUUUUAUUGUAACCUAUAGAAACUCAACGCACUUAUUUUCGCGUUUCACAUUAAAAAUCUUAUAAAAAUUAAA